GCCUGUCAGUACCUGUCAGUUUUUCGUCAAUAUCUUGUUUCUCCAGUUACUUAAUCUUUGCUCUGCCGCAAACGAUUCAACCGAAGAAUAUGAGCGUGAUAUAAUCCUCAGUAUAAUUCAAGAAGCAUUUGAUUUGAUUUCUGGGCAAUCUUCAAAGUUCAAAAUGCAUCCCGUUGAAGCAUUGUACGAAAUCGGUGCUACGGCUAUUGCUGGCUUGCAGAACACUUUUCCAGAUAGCGACAGGUUCUUUUUGGCCGUAACGAAAGUCGCUGAUCCAGAUUAUGCUUUCUCGAUUCUGGUCCCACUAUUUGCCAUUUUAAGUCCUAAGCUGUCUUCUGAUAUACUGAUAGUUAGUUUCGUGUCUGAGUGGUCUAAUGUGUUGUUGAAAUGGCUACUCAUGGAACAUAGACCCUACUGGUGGGUUAAAGAAAGAGAGCUGCUGAUAAAGCAUCCUGUACCUCUGCUAAGACAAACUCAGUUAACAUGUGAAACUGGUCCAGGUUCCCCAUCGGGGCAUGUGAUGGGCUCUGCAGCUGUACUUUUUGCAAUUGUUCAUUUUAUGAACGAGUCGUUAUCAAGGCAUCAAAGAAUUAGCGAAACGACUAAAACAAGAAUAAAAUUUACUCUCUGGCUCUUGUUCGGUAUUUUGCUGUUCUUGGUUUCUGCGUCUCGCCUUUACGUUGCCGCGCAUUUUCCUCAUCAAUGUAUCCUCGGAGCAUUCGGAGGUGUGCUGAUAGCACGGACGUUUUUAUGCAACUAUAGAAUUUCAACAUGGUGGCGGCAUACUCGCAGGCCAAAACUACUCUUGGCUGCUUUAGGCAUGACCAUGAUAUCUUUCGGAUCGUAUUGGCUGCAGAAAGGCCUUGGCAUGGAUCCACAGUGGAGUGUCAAAUUGGCGUUUAAAUGGUGUACCAAUCCAGAGUGGAUUCACGUUAACACAACACCGCUAUUCUCGCUAGUGAGAGUAUCUGGUGCCGCGUUUGGAUUAGCAUUAAUUGCACCUGUUCGAGUCAGGCUAUCUCACUCUGCACAAUGUUCAAGCUACAUAGUUAAAGGAGCUCUGAUUUGCAGCUUGACUAUUGCCUUGCAACUCGCUCAAUCUGCUAUCCCAACUGAUCGAGUACUACCGUUUUACCUCUGCGUCUUCAUGCUGUAUGCUGUUCAACCGUAUAUGUACUUAGUCGCAGUGCCCUUUAUGGCUAGCGAUCGUCCAGCAGGAGGACCCAAAGUUGAUUAAUAGGCAACCAAUUAGUUAAUAUUUCAAUGACGUCACUUAUAUCUUAUUAGAACUUUAUUUAUUGAGCGCAGAGUGCAGCACAAGAGUCUAGUAAAGUACCUCGCGGUGUUCUAGUCAAACAAUCUUCGUGAAUAGUUACCGCUUUGUCAUCGACACUGCAGAUUUACUAUUCAUAUUUGUACAUAUAGACAUAUGCAAUUGAACUUCGUGAGAGUUUGCUUAAUUAGUUAAUAAUCAUAGAGCAAACUUGAUGAUCGUAGAAAAUUUAAUUGCGAAAGUUCGUAAUACAUCCAGGCCUGUUAUUUCGCUUUUCGCACGGCAUAGAUUCAAAUCUACGGGUUGGCAGAAUCAUCUAAGAUUCAGGAAAACUUCCAGCGCCUAAUCAACUUGACAUGCAGCCGAAAGUCAAAAGUAAAUCAGUCUCCUAGUUUGUCUGCCAUCGUAUCGUAUCGUAUAGCCAAUAUUUUCUGGAAUUUCCUCAGGUGU